AUGGAAGACGAGCCCUCUUUGGUCCUCUUUGGCCCACAAACCCGUCUCCCUCCACCGGAAUAUCUCUUCAAUAUUCGCUCGGCUAUAAUAGCCCGAGAUUCUUUGAAAAGAUUCAUUGAGGCUAUCCAGACUUUAGACAAUUUAUGGGAAGAACUUGUUUCACAUGAUCCCUGUCUCAACGCUGUGGCUGGGCAUGAGUGCGCCAAGAGCUUCCGACAAUGGAUCUUGCAUGGAAAGCUUUUUGAUACGGCGGAGGGCUCUAAGUUUACCUAUGCCGAGAGAGAGGAUGAUCUGAUCGGGAACGCAAUCGUUGCAAUGCGUCAAGCAUUUUGUAUUGGGGCUUAUGUGGACUUGGAUGAGGUCAAGAACCAUGAUAAAGAUGGAAUCUUUACCACCCUUGCCGUACGUUGGAAGUCGGAGGAAGGCUCAACUGCGGUCCCUGCGGUCCCUAUUCGAUCAAAUUCUACCGGCGGAAUUAUGGAGAAGGAGCAAGUAAGGAGUAUGAUUUUUAAGGAUAUCUUAACCAAGACAGUCAAUUGGCAAGAUACGAUAAUCUCACUGAUGUCUGAUACUGAUAUGAGCCCAAAUAUUCAGGCAUUAGUCAUUGGGCUUGGUGAUUCUCUCUCUCGCGCACUCGCUAAGAAGCACAAAAUCAAAUGUGUAAAAGUGGAGCAAUAUUUGGCGUCGAAAAAACCCACUGCAUUGUUUGAGUCCCCUAUGAAAAAGAGAAUCCCAAGCGACAAGCCUCAGGACAUCAGUGAUGGUGUUGCUAUAAUCGGGAUGGCCUGUAAAUUCCCAGGCGCAGAAUCUCCAGCCGAGUUCUGGGAUAUUUUGACAUCUGGAACUUCAAUGUUGGAUAAGAUGCCGCUGGAAAGAUUUGAUAGGACAAAUAUCAGGAGAUCCCCAUCUCUGGACUACUGGGGGAACUUUGUGUCUGAUGUUGAUGCUUUCGACCAUCAAUUUUUCGGAAAGUCCUCCCGCGAAGCAAAAUCAAUGGAUCCGCAGCAACGCCUGCUGCUUCAAGUAGCCUAUCAAGCCCUCGAAGACGCUGGCUAUUUUGGAGUUGCGACUGAUAGUCAAGAUCUGCAAGAUGUCGGAUGUUAUAUUGGCGUGUGUUCAUCAGACUAUAACGAUAAUGUGGCAUCCCAUACAGCGACGGCCUUUUCGACGCUGGGAACUUUGAGAGCAUUUUUGAGUGGCAGGAUAAGCCACUUUUUUGGACUUCAAGGACCUUCUUUGACUUUGGACACUGCUUGCUCAUCCUCCGCAGUUGCCAUACACUCCGCGUGCAAUGCCAUCAAGAUGGGAGAAUGCACGGCGGCUUUGGCAGGUGGAGUGAGCAUAUAUACCAGCCCAUAUUUCUAUCAAAACCUCAGUGCGGCGUCACUCCUCAGUAAAACUGGAGCGACCAAGCCAUUUGAUACCAGCGCUGAUGGGUAUUGCCGCGGAGAAGGCAUUGGCAUUGUGGUUCUCAAAAAGCUAUCUGCGGCUAUCAUGGACGGGGAUUGCAUACUCGGGACGGUCUUAGGAUCUGGCAUCAACCAAAAUGCCAAUUGCACAGCAAUUACUGUUCCCGAGACAUUCUCGCAGCAAUCUCUUUAUCGAAGGAUUUGCAAAAUUUCCGGUAUAAACCCCGAGGAUGUUUCAUUCGUCGAAGCACAUGGUACUGGUACACCGGUUGGCGAUCCCAUCGAAUUUGAGAGCAUACGAAAUGUAUUUGGUUCAACCCCCAGAAAAGCAAAAUUAAAUAUCGCGUCUCUAAAAGGCAACAUUGGCCACCUUGAAGGUGCAUCUGGGGUGGCAGCUCUGAUAAAAACAAUUUUAAUGAUGCGUCAUCGCAAAAUCCCACCCCAAGCCAACUUCACCAAACUGAGUCCAAGAAUAAGGACGCUGGGGCCGUACCUUAACAUCCCGGAAUGCCUUCAUUCAUGGGAUCCGAAAGUUCUCAUAGCUUGUAUCAACAAUUAUGGCGCUUCCGGCAGUAAUGCGGUGAUGGUUGUUCGGAACUUCUUCAAUGAUUUAACCGAUUGGAACAAUGAUAAAAUGUUGGAGAUUACUAAGUCUUUGAAUAAAUACCCGAUAUUUAUCUCUGCCAAGUCAAAAACCUCUCUACAUGCAUUUUGCAAAAAGCUUUUGACCAUGAGGGCCCAACUUGAAAAUGAUUUGGAGCAUUUCAUGCUACAGAUAUCUUUCAAAUUGGCAUUUCAACAAAAUUAUUCCUUUCCUUACCGCUUGGUUUCAUCAAUAUCCAAGCCAGAUGAUUUUUUUUCAUUAUUGUCCGAUAUUUCAUCCGAUCCAUCGCCACAGCAGGCCGCUGAGAUCUUCCUUAGUGAGAAGUACAACAGACCUCUAGUGCUGGUAUGUGGGGGACAAAUCAGCGAUUAUGUUGGCAUCUCACGAGAUUUAUAUGAUAGUUGUCCUUCAUUCAGGUAUCAUCUGAUAUCUUGUGAUAGGACGCUGCAAUCAUUGGGAUAUCCUGGUCUUUUCCCCUUAAUCUUCGAGCCAACACCUGUCGAUGAUAUUGUUCUGCUUCAAUCCAUGAUAUUCAGUCACCAGUAUUCUUGUCCAAAAUCGUGGAUCGAUAGUGGUGUCAAAAUUGACUGUGUUGUCGGUCAUAGCCUUGGCCAUCUUGCCGCUAUGAGUAUUUCUGGAGUUUUGACUCUAGAGGAUGGGUUGAAAUUGGUAUGUGGCCGAGCUAGGCUCAUGCAGACAGAAUGGGGCCCGGAACGAGGAGCCAUGAUAUCCAUCGAAGCAGACUUAAAUAAAGUCAAAUCAUUGAUUGCAGCAGUUACGAAAAUGUGUGGCGAUGAAGUUGAGAUCGCAUGUUAUAAUGGACCAACAAGCUAUGUGAUCGUUGGCGCCGAAUCAAAUAUCCAGAUCUUGCAGAACAUUCUCGAGCAAGAGAAUUUGAGAUUCAAGCGUCUCAGUGUGACACAUGGCUUUCAUUCGAUAUUCACAGAGUCACUCCUUCCUGCAUUGACAAAAUUGGCUGAAACUCUCCAAUUCUGCGAUCAGUCAAUACCAUUGGAAAUGUGUACGGCAAUCCACAGCUGGGAAAGAGUUGAUCCAAUGAAAAUAGCUAGCCACACGCGAUCACCAGUUUUCUUUGAUCAAGCCGUGAAAAGAAUAUUUGAGCGCCUAGGGCCUUGUAUCUGGCUGGAAGCAGGAUCAGACAGUUCGGUGGUCAACAUUGUCCGUCGGCAGUUCAACCCUGCCGACUGUGCCGCGCAGCACUUUCAAUCCCUUCGGCUCAGAGGUUCAAAUAGCCUUGACAGCCUAGUGGAUGCGACGACAAACCUCUGGAGGCUAGGUCUAAAGUGCCGAUUCUGGCCAUUUAAAAAUUUCAAAGCGCAAUCCUUUUCGAUGUUCGACUUGCCAUCCUACCAAUUCGAUAGGCCACGUCAUUGGAUACCUUGGAAGGGUGACUCAAAAAAUCAAGCCAGCGAGUCUAUCAUUGCAAAUCAAAAGCCGAUUUUCCUGUCCUUGAUUACUUUCGACGGCCAGUCAGAGGCGACUUUUUGGGUUGAUCCCAAGAGCAUCGAAUAUCGCUCUUAUGUGGAAGGCCAUGCCGUUUUAGGUCAGCCAUUGUGCCCAGCGUCACUCUAUAUUGAGAUUGUUUGUCUUUGUUUGAAACUGUUGAUGCCGAAACUCAAGCUUGGUUACACUGUGACCACAGUGCAAGACCUGAAUAUUCAUGUCCCCUUGGGCCUAAAGGUUGAUGGCAAGAUUAUUGUCAAUUUGCAUGCAACGAACGAAUUUCAGUGGAAAUUCCAGGUGAAAACAACCGCUAGUGAGCAAGGCCUGACACAGCUUCAUGCCAAUGGAGUAUCGCUUCUGGCCGACGGCAAUAAUGUCACAAGUGAAAUGCGGCGAUACGAGAGGAUACUCAAGUACGAGGACGUUCUGGCUAAUCAGAAAAAUGAAAAUUCUGAUAUGAUGCAAGGUUCAUUGAUAUAUCGCCUUUUUUCAAGUAUUGUUACAUAUUCGGAUUCAUACCGAGGAGUCCGAAGUGUUGUUAGCAAUGUCACGGAGGUUGUUGGAAACAUUUGUCUUCCGCAGAAACAAUUGGAUCCAGGAAAAGAAGCAUUUCAAAUAACUUUACGCUUGGAUAAUUUUGUGCAACUCGCAGGUAUUUUCUGGAAUCUUCUUUGUCCAAAGCGAGAAGAUGCAGUUUAUGUCUGCACAAAGAUUGAGAAAGUCCUGUUGGCUUCUACGUUUCUCGAACCAGACGAAAACCAGAAUUCUUGGCUAUUAUAUGCACCAAUUUCUCAACAUGAAGACAACCAAGGUGUAUAUGACAUAUUUGCAUUCGAUAAUGCUAGCAGAAGAAUUGUGGCUGUCGUUUUGGGCGCCACUUUCACUAGUGUUGCUUUGAAAUCUUUGAGGAAGGCACUCGUCAACGUGAAUCAUACGACUCCUGGAGGGGAAGACAAGCUCAAUAAUGAUCAAGAUUCAACGCCAGAUAAACAAUUCAUUUCUGAAGAUGGAGUGGCAAAGAUUCCUCCCUUCUCUGGAAAAAAGGAGACUAUCGGGUCGUCAAUGCCAGUAUCCCAGACCACCUCUAAGCCCUUGUCAUCUCGCUCAGAUGUCUUCAUAAAAGUUCGAGAACUCCUUAGUCGAGUUACUGAUAUAUCCACUGACGGGAUUCUCUUGAAAUCGACAUUCGAUGAGUUAGGAAUAGAUUCACUCAUGACAACUGAGGUGAACAAUGAAAUCUGUCAGCAAUUUGCCAUUCAAAUACCAACAGUUGAAUAUCAGUCACUCCGAGAUGUCCGUGCAAUCGUGGAUUACCUUGCAGCCAAACUUGAUGAUAAAGGAGAAGAUUCAUUGUCAAAUUCAUCAUCAGGCCUUUUCUUUGAGUCAUUGUCUGAAGGAAAUCCAGCAUUGACACCUCCAUCAAAUUCGUCAGAUCGAUCCACAGCAAAAACGGCUUCGAUUCGUGGAGCACAAGAGUGUUUUGAGGAAAUAAAGACAGAAUUUGAUAGCUUUGCAAAGAGGACCAAUUUCUCGAACUUCUGGAAACUCGUUUAUCCGCGCCAACACAAAUUGGUCAUUGCAUAUAUUAUCGAGGCAUUUUCAACACUUGGUUGGCAUUUGAGACACUUGAAACCAGGAGAAAGAUUGCCACAACUCCAGCAUAGUUCAAGACACGAAAAAUUGAUUGCACAUUUGACACAAAUAUUGAAGAACGAGUCAAUAAUCGCAAUGGACAAAACGGAGCUUGUCAGAUCCGACAUUCCUAUUGACCCCCAGUCAUCCUCAUCACUAUUUGAAAUACUCUGCAAGGACUUUCCGCAACAUGUAUCCGAGUUUAGAUUACUACAAGUUGUCGGAUCAAAACUUGGAGAGUGUUUACAAGAAAAAGUCAAUCCUCUCAUGCUCCUUUUCGGAAACCCACAAAACAAGCUGCUAUUAGAAGAGGUCUAUACCAACGGACCAAUGUACGAAGCUGUCUCCAAAAUACUCGGAGAAUUCUUGAUGAGGGUAUUUCGUAGGUCUAUUCCAGAUCCUCAGGACCAUUCUGUGUUUCAAAUUCUCGAGGUUGGUGGCGGAACAGGUGCAACGACUAAACAUAUCCUCGAUCUGUUGUCUAGUCUCAACAUACCAUUUCACUACACCUUUAGUGACCUGUCAGCUUCUCUUGUAGCGGCUGCCAGAAAGAAGUUUUCUUCUUUCCACAACAAUAUGGAGUUUGUCGUUCUUGACAUUGAGAAUGAGCCAGGCGAAAAAUUUGACAACCACUUUCACGUUGUUUUGUCUACGAAUUGUGUCCACGCAACGAAAAGGCUUUCCAAGUCUGCUACCAAUCUCAGACGCAUGCUGAGAACUGAUGGGUUUGCAUGUCUAGUUGAAUUUACCAAAAAUUUGAGCUGGUUUGAUCUGGUAUUUGGCGUUCUGGAUGGCUGGUGGCUUUUCGAAGAUGGCCGUAGACAUGUUCUGGCCGACGAAUGGUUUUGGGAGAAAAAUAUGAAGAAUGGAGGCUUCAAGCAUGUCACAUGGACGGGCGGAAACACGGAGGAGAGUCGCACAUUGAGGGUCAUUGUUGGCUUUUUACAAAGUCCGGAUGACCAGACUUAUAUUCCAGCAAGACCGAAUAGUCCACCAGGAAUUUCGAAGGAGAUUGUUGUUUUCAAACGUAUCCAGAGAAACGUCUUGUUUGCGGACGUAUACUACCCGACCGAUGGGGCAGAAGGAAAAUGGAAAAUAGGUCUCAUGGUGCAUGGCGGCGGCCAUGUGAUGUUUACACGCCGCAAUGUCAACCUCAAACACUUAAGACAUUUAAUUCAAGGGGGAUUCGUCCCAGUUGCCGUGGAUUAUAGAUUUUGCCCGGAGCUUAAUAUCCUUGACGGGCCUAUGACGGAUGUUGGAGACUCCUACAGCUGGGCAAUUUCUGAACUUCCCAACAUUGAAUUUAACUGCCCUGGUCUUCAGAUUGACGGUGGCAGAGUCGGGAUCGUCGGCUGGUCCACCGGCGCGCAUUUAGCAAUGACUAUCGGAUUCACAAGUGUCCAGCGCGGGCUUCCAGCACCUACAGCUAUUCUUGCGUUCUACCCCCCUACUGACUAUCAAGAUGAUUGGUGGCGAAAGCCUAUAUAUCCAGAUGUCUCCUUAUCGCCUCCUGAUGUAGACUAUGACUUACUAGAAGGUGUACUCGAAGAACCAAUCACGUCCUAUUUCCCUGAAUCCAACCUGCAUGCGCCCGCAGGGGCGAUGGUUUUAUCUGAUCCCCGCUGGCGGUUUGUCUUGCAUAUGAACUGGAAGUGUCAGACUGCUCCUGUUCUUGUCAACGGACUUCCAACAAAACGCGACGUUCGACAAGAAGAUCAAAAAACAUACUACAGUCUUCCUCAACCAAGUUCGGAUCGGAUUGAAGCUAUUAGCCCGUUCGCCCAGAUCAUCAACGGCACUUAUCGCUCCCCAACAUAUUUUGUCCACGGUACUGCCGAUGAUCUUAUUCCUGUUGAGCAAAGCGAAAAGGCAUGCCAAGCUCUUCUAGAGCGAAAUAUUGCGUCGGGACUUUUCAAACUGGAAGGGGCAGAUCAUCUUUUUGAUUUCUUCAAGGAUCAUCUUGAAGGCGCUUUGGAAGCAGUUAAUGCGGGAUACCACUGGCUUUUCGAGCAUGUUUAA